CGACGAAUAACUUCCGGAAGUGAGUUUUUGGGGACUGAUCCACGUGGGCCUCCCCUGAAGAAUCGUAGUUCUGGUAAAGGUGUUUCGUGUUCCCCUCUUCCUCCCUCCCCCUGACUCCCCGACCUGGCCUCCCCCUACGCGGGACGCCUCUCGGACACCGGCUCCCAGGACAGAGACCAAGAUGGCAUCCCAGGAAGACAGCUUCCCUCGUGGGGGUUCAAAAAAGAAGGCACAUCCAGAAAAAGUUCCCCAGCAGCCAGUUGAACAUGAUAAUUUAUUUGAUAUUCCUACUGAAGAAGGAUCUCGCAAAAGAAAAAGGAACCAAGAACAAGCUGCUAAAAAUAAAAAAUCAAAAACAGAAAAAAAAGAACCCAGAAAAUCUGAAGCAGAGCAAAGUGGGAUUCUCAGUAUUGAGGUUCUGAGUGAGGGAAUGCGGCUCCUGGGCUGUGUGAAAGAGGUAAAUAAUUUGGAGCUUGUGAUCAGCCUGCCUAAUGAUCUCUGGGGAUAUGUGCAAGCAACCAAUAUCUGUGAUGCUUAUACAAAGAAACUGAAUGAGCAGGUGGAUCGGGAGGAGCCUCUGGAGGACCUGGCUCCCUUGUCCAAGUUGUUCCAGCCAGGGAUGCUGGUACGCUGUGCUGUCAGCAGCCUAAAGUCUACCUCAAAGAAGAACAAGAGCAUCAAGCUGUCCUUAAACCCCAAGGAUGUUAAUGGAGUUCUCAGCCCUGCCGCCCUAAAGCCAGGCAUGCUGCUCACAGGCACAGUAGACAGUGUGGAAGACCAUGGCUACCUGGUGGAUAUUGGCGUAGGAGGGACCAAAGCCUUCCUGCCUUGGCAAAAAGAGCAAGAGUAUGUCAAACAGAAGAACAAAGGUACUAAACUUCAGGUUGGCCAGUAUCUGAACUGCCUUAUUGAAGAAGUAAAAGGCAACGGGGGGAGUGUCCGUCUGUCUACUAUUCAAUCGGAGGUUUCUGCUGCCAUUGCUACGGAAGAGCAAAACUGGACACUAGAUAAUCUACUACCAGGGCUGGUGGUUAAAGCUCAGGUGCAGAAGGUGACCCCUUAUGGUCUCUCCCUAAGCUUCCUCUCUUCCUUCACUGGACUGGUUGAUUUUAUGCACUUGGAUUCUAAAAAGACUGGACAUUACUUCCAAACCCAAAUGGUGAGGGCCUGUAUCCUCUCAGUUCAUCCACGUACCAAAUCUGUCCGACUAACCUUGCAUUCCUCCUUCCUGCAAGCUGGUCGUCCCAUCACUCGUCUCUGCCACCAUCUCAUUGGAGCUGUGUUGAAUGACGUGCCUGUCCAGAGUUUCUAUACAAAGGCUGGUGCCACCUUCAGGCUGAAGGAUGGGUCUCUGGCCUAUGCCAAGAUCGGGCACCUCUCCCAGACUGAGAAAUCCUUUAAGCCAGAGAAGUUCAAGCCUGGAAAUCUGCACAGAUGUCGAGUUAUUGAUUUUAGCCCAAUGGAUGAUCUAGCAUUGUUAUCUCUGAAAACGAGCAUCAUCGAAGCUCCAUUCCUGAGAUAUCAUGACAUCCAGCCAGGGCAGAUAGUUAAGGGCAAAGUGUUCACACUAAGAUCCUAUGGUAUGAUUGUGAAGGUGACCGAGCAAAUCAAAGGCCUGGUGCCUACCUUGCACUUGGCUGAUGUCCAAAUACGGAAUCCUCAGAAAAAGUAUCGCGUUCAAGAUGAGGUCAAGUGCCGGGUUCUGAUGUGUGACCCUGAGAACAAGAAACUGCUAAUGACUUUGAAAAAGACCCUGGUGGAAUCUAGCCUGCCAGCUCUUACAAGUUACAAGGAAGCCAAGCCUGAGUUACAGACACAUGGUUUCAUCAGCAGCAUCAAGGACUUUGGUUGCAUUGUCAAGUUCUAUAAUGAUGUGAGGGGAUUGGUACCCCAGAGGGAGCUUGGUGCUCAACCCAUCUCAGCUCCAGAGGAAGUCUUCUACGUAGGACAGGUGGUGAAGGUCACAGUCCUGAAAAGUGAGCCUGAGCAGGAGAGGAUGCUCUUGUCCUUCAGGCUGUCCAAUGACAAAGAAACGGAAAGCACAGCUCAGAGCCAGAAGAAAGCCAUGGUCAAGAUUGGACAGUUAGUAGAUGUGAAGGUGAAAAAGAAAACUGAGAAGGGAUUGGAGGUGUCCAUCCUACCCGACAACAUCAGUGCUUUGCUUCCCACAACCCAUCUGUCAGACAAUGUCACCAACAGUCAGUUGCUCUGCUACUGGCUCCAAGCAGGUGACAUCCUCCACAAGGUCUUGUGUCUGAGCCACAAUGAUGGUCACAUUGUCCUGUGCAGGAAACCAGCCCUGAUCUCUGCUGUGGAAAGUGGCCAGGAUCCCAAGGUCUUUUCUGAAUUCCAGCCUGGGAUGCUGCUUACAGGUUUUGUGAAAAGUAUCAAGGCCUAUGGCAUCUUUGUCCAGUUCCCAUCUGGCCUCAGUGGAUUGGCUCCCAAAUCAGCCUUGAGUGACAAGUUUGUAACUACAAUCAGUGACCACUUUGUAGAAGGGCAGACAGUGGUUGCAAAGGUGACCAAUGUGGAUGAGGAGAAACAGCGGAUGCUGCUCUCCCUGCGCCUGUCAGAUGUCAUCCAGGAGGACACAACUGCAAGUUCUCUUACUCUCCUAAGCCAGUGUUUGGAGGAGCUGCAAGGUGUUCGAAGCCUCAUGAACAAUCGAGACUCUGUAUUGACUCAAACAUUGGCUGAGAUGACCUCAGGGCUACUUGUGGAUUUGGUGGUGCAAGACAUGUCAAGUGACGGCUCUCUGGUGUUCAGUAAUGGCUCAGUCCCUGGCCUGGUGUUGAGGGCCAGCAAAUAUCACCAGGGAGGGAAGGCAGUGGAUCCUGGACAAAGAACAAAAGCUGUCAUCCUUCAUGUUGAUACACAGAAGUCAGAGGUUCACGUUUCUCUGCGCCAGGAGCUGGUGAACAGAAAAGUCAAGCAGCUGAAGAAAGAUACUGAGCACCGAGCAGUUAUAGAACACUUGGAAAAGACAUUUGCCAUAGCCUCCUUAGUGGAUUCUGGUCAGCUUAUAGCUUUCCCAGUGGCCUCUCACCUCAAUGAUACCUUCCGUUUUGACUCAGAGAAGUUGCAGGUUGGUCAGGGGGUCUCCUUGAUCAUCAAGAGUACGAAGCCCAGUGACAUUGGUCUCUUCUUAGCUGUUGAGAGCUCUGUCAAGAAGAGGACCCCGGCUUUGCCCUCAGUAGCUCCUGAGUCUGCAGGGCAGGAGCCAGGAGUGGUGAGCGAACUUCUGGAGAAACCCACCUUGCCCAUUGGGGAGAUGGUCACCGGAACUGUGAAGUCUAUCAAGGCUACCCAUGUCAUUGUGACCCUCGAGAAUGGCCUUACUGGCUAUAUCCAUGCCUCCCAGAUCUUGGAUGAUGUACCUCAUGGCAUCCACCCCACUACCACACUUAAAGUUGGAAAUCCAGUCACUGCUCGAGUGAUUGGCCAGAGAACUUGGCUUACUCACAAAUCCCUCCCAAUUAGCCAUCCAUCCAGUACACAGACUGUCUCUGAGUUGAGUAUUCGACCAAGCGAGCUUGAGAAAAACAUCAGCAGUGACCCCAGCACUCAGUCCUCCAGCCCCACAGAGAAGCUCAAGCAGUACUCUCCUGGCCAGACGGUGAUCUGUUUUAUGAGAAAGUUCAAUGUAAUAAAAAAAUGGCUUGAGGUGGAGAUUUCUUCUGACGUCCGGGGAAGAAUUCCUCAACUGCUGACCUCUCUCAGUUUCAAGGUUCUGAAGCAUCCAGAGAAGAAAUUUAAGAUUGGCCAAGCCCUGAGUGCAAUUGUGGUUGGUCCAGCAUCUCCGAAGGCCUUCCUUAACCUGUCUCUCAUAGGUCCUUUUAAGUUGGAGGAAGGAGAAGUAGCCUUGGGCCGGGUGGUGAAGGUGAUCCCCAAAGAAGGACUAGAAGUCAUCUUCCCCUUUGGGAGAAUUGGGAAAGUUAGCAUCUUUGAUCUGAGUGACUCUUAUCUUGAGGAGCCCCUGGAAGGCUACCACCCAGAGAAGAUUGUCAGGUGUUGUGUGCUGUCCAACAAAGACCGUAUCCUGACUCUGUCAUUACGACAAUCCAGAACAAACCCCAAGAUGAAAAGCAAAAUAGAAGACCCUGAAGUGAACUCAAUGAAGGACAUUAAAGAAGGGCAGCUCCUCCGGGGCUAUGUGGAGGCCAUCAAGAAGCAGGGAAUAUUUUUUCGCAUUAGCCCCACACUUGUGGGGCGGGUCAAGUACCAGCAUGUUACCACAUAUCUCCCAUUUGACCGAGCUUUGUACCAGACCUACCUCCCAGAAGGAAAGCUGCUCUCAGCCAAGGUCUUGAGGGUCAACCGGAAACAGAACCUGUUGUAUCUGUCCUUCCUCCCCAAGGACACUGGGAAGCCAGAUGUGUUUCCUGAAUCUUUGGGCCUGCCACCACGGGACCAGGAAAGGGAGUUGCUCAGCAAUCAGCCGAAGAAGAAGCGGAAAUUGGAACAAGAGGAGGAAGAUCAUGGUGCCUCUGAGACAAAAAAGAAGCAGCAGAUCAAAGAAAAGAAGGAAAAGAAGCAGCUGAUGAAAGAGAAGAAGGAGAAACAGAAGCAGCUGAUGAAAGAGGAAAAGGAAAAACAGAAGCAACUGAUGAAAGAGAAGGAGAAACAGAAGCAGCUGGUGAAAGAGAAGGAGAAACAGCGUCAGACGAAAGAGGAGAUGCACCAAGAGCCCAGGGCAAAACAGAAACAGGAGGACCAGAGCCAGCUACAUAGAGAACCUGGGGCAAAACGGAAACAGGAGUUGCAAAAGCCUUCUGUCAAGCCAGGAGAGAAGGGAGAAAAUAAAGGGAAGCGGAAAGUGCCAGAGGUGGAAAGAGAACAGGAGACGGUGAGUAAGAAGAGAAAGCAAAGCCAUCCACUGGAAGAAGAUGAUAGUGGAGUUGAAGUUAAUUAUAAGGAGGAGAAGGAGAAGAGACUUAAACAGUCCAAGAAGAAGCAGACUAAGCCCACAGAAGUCCCCAGGCUGCAGCUAUCUUCGGGCUUUGCUUGGGAUGUGAGUCUGGAUACACUGACCCCAGCCAUGCCACCCCGAGAAGAAAGUUCGGACAGCGAAGAUGAGGAAGCAAGCCAAGCCACGCUGAAGAAAAGCAAAAAGGGCAAGGAGUUGGAGAAGCAAGAGGCAGAGAAGGAGCUGUCACGAAUUGAGGCAGCCCUCAUGGACCCAAAUUGGAAGCCUGAGACUGCGGAUGACUUUGACAGACUGGUCCUGAGCUCCCCCAACAGCUCCAUCCUCUGGCUGCAGUAUAUGGCCUUCCACCUACAUGCCACAGAGAUUGAGAAGGCCCGAGCUGUGGCUGAGAGGGCCCUUAAGUCCAUCUCCUUCAGAGAGGAGCAGGAGAAGCUGAAUGUGUGGGUGGCCCUGAUGAACCUGGAGAACAUGUAUGGCUCAAAGGAGACCCUGGCCAAGGUCUUUGAGCGGGCUGUGCAAUACUGUGAGCCCUUGAAGGUCUACUUCCAACUGGCUGACAUCUACACCAAAUCAGAGAAGUACCAGGCAGCUGAAGAGCUCUAUAGUCGGAUGCUGAAGCGUUUCCGACAAGAGAAGACUGUGUGGAUCAGAUAUGGUGCCUUCCUCCUUCAGAGGGGCCAGGCUGAUGCCAAUCACCGCCUGCUGCAGCGAUCCUUCAGUUGUCUGCCACAGAAAGAACAUGUGGAUGUCAUCUCCAAGUUUGCCCAGCUUGAGUUCCACCUGGGGGAUGCAGAACGAGCCAAGGCCAUGUUUGAGACCACACUUAGCAGCUACCCAAAGCGCACAGAUGUCUGGUCUAUCUACAUUGACAUGAUCAUUAAGUAUGGGAGCCAGAAGGAAGCCCGGGACAUCUUUGAGCGAGUGGUACACCUGAGCCUGGCCCCCAAGCGGAUGAAAUUCUUCUUCAAACGCUACCUGGACUAUGAGAAACAGCAUGGCACAGCUGAAACGGUGCAAGCUGUCAAGGAGAAGGCCUUGAGCUACGUGGAGGCCACAGGCACUCUUGCUGAAAGCUAGUGACUGAUGCGAGGGUGCAUGAGCCCUCCUGAAGAGAGGACAUGAGAUGUAUUUUUCUAAAAAACAUGAAGGGGUGGGUGGGGGGCUGUAAGGGUUUUAUUUAAGUUUGAUAACACAGGGUAGCUCUGUGAAAACCAGGUGUGACCUGUCCUUGUCAGAAUGUGUGUGUCUAUCUGGUGUCUAUGUGCGUGCUUGAAUGUGUGAGUACAAAACAAUGGGUCGUAUGUGAGGCAUGGUCAAUGUAUCAUAAUUUCUCUGAACUUUUUUUUACUUGUUAUAAAGAAUGGUUGGAAUGGGAGAGGGGGGAGGAUUAAUUGUGAAACAGGAUGCAAAAGUAAAAGGUAAAAAUAAAAAAGCAAACAUGAUAGAUCUUUAAUGGCCAUUAGCCCCUCGUUGACUGACAGACUCCCAAGAAACCUAUCUGGGUUUGGAACACCCAAUCCUGUACAGCCUUCCUUGGAAAUGUGGUCUAAGCCAAGAGGACUCGCUGGAUUUGAGGUCUGAAUUAAAUAAACUUGUUCAUCUAUCUUUAAAGUGGGGAUGAGAAUAGCUAU